AUGAGCUGACUUUUACUAAGAAUUUUAUUUAUUUAUUAUUUAAGUUAAUUGUUACUAAUAUUACGAUAUAUAAGUCGGAAAAAAUAAAACAAACAGAUGUUUAAAAAAAUAGCUAUAGGUAUAUCGGGUGGUGUAGAUAGUGCAGUUGCUGCACUGCUACUAAAAAGAGCAAACUAUCAAGUGGAAGGAGUAUUCAUGAGAAAUUGGGAUGGAAACUAUGAAUUAGGAUUUUGUUCAGAUGAAAAAGAUUAUGAGGAUGCCUCAUUUACCUGCCGUAAGCUUGAUAUUCCGUUGCAUAGAGUUCAUUUUAUUAAGGAAUAUUGGAAUGAAGUCUUCACAGUCCUACUGAAGGAGUAUGAAAUGGGACUCACACCAAACCCUGACAUCUUAUGCAAUAGAUACAUUAAAUUUGAUAGUUUCUUUGAACAUUGCAGGGUUAAUUUAGCAGUUGAUGCUAUAGCCACUGGUCACUAUGCAAACACAUCAUUUGGUCCCUUUUUAAAAAAUUAUAAAGAAGAUGAAGGUGUUAGAUUAUUACAGCCCAUUGACAAACACAAAGACCAAACUUUCUUCUUGUCACAAGUAAAACAGUUUUCACUCAGAAGAUGUAUGUUCCCUAUAGCAAAUCUUUUAAAGAGUGAAGUUAGGGAGAUAGCUAGAAAGGAAGGAUUACUUCAAGUUGCUAAUAAGAAAGACAGUACAGGGAUUUGUUUUGUUGGGAAAAGAAGAUUUAAGGAUUUUAUUGAUGAAUUUAUUCCUUCAAAACCAGGACUAUUUAUUGAUAUUGACACUGGUCAAACAGUUGGAGAACAUACUGGUAUUCACAAAUGGACAGUUGGUCAAAGGUGUUGUUUGAGUAAUUGCAAACAACCAUAUUUUGUGUUCAACAAGCACCUGGAAAAAAAUUAUAUUUAUGUGGUUGCAGGUACUCAUCAUCCAGCAAUAUGGAAUAAUCUCUGCUUUACGCAAAAACCUCAUUGGAUAAAUGAAGAACCUCAAGAAUUAACAAAUAAUAAUGUUUUAUAUUGUUCGUUUAGAUUCCAACACACCAAACCUCUCGUACAUUGUAAAGUCACUAAGAACCCUGAAGGGUUAACUAUAAUAUUGCUCGAUAAAUUGAGAGCAUUAACCGAAGGUCAAUUUGGUGUAUUUUAUAGACAAGAAGAAUGCCUUGGCAGUGCAAAAAUUAAAAAUGUUUGUCAUAACAUAUUGUAUUAAA